AUGCCCCCCUCCGACUCCGCGGGUCCGGGCAGCGGAGACCAGAGCGUGGCAGACCCCCCCAACAGGGUCAAACCAACUCCUGAGUUUGCCUCCGGCCACUGGUUCCUAGAAGGAGGCCAACGUGGGGUGCCCCAACCCAGAUUCCGGAAAUCAAAGGCUGUGAGUUGUAGAACCGGGGCUGCGACGCGGAGCCUUCCAAUCCCCGGUUCCCGCCAUGACGCCAAACAAGGAGGAGCUGGUGUUGCCCCUGAACAGGUCUCCCUGUGGGACAGCGAGAUCAGCUGGCGGUUCCCCACGCUGGAUGACGAGAGCUCCGGCCUGUCCAUCCGCAGUGAGAAGAACAACUGCAGCAACUUCCUGUCCGUGCUGGAGGUGGCCAAUGCCUUGGCCGUGCACACAGGCCUCUACACCUGUUACUACAACGACACGCAGGCCCAGGGGACCGGGAUCGUAGGCCGGAAUAUCUACGUCUACGUGCCUGACCCUGACGUCACCUUUGUGCCCUCCGUCAUGGUCGACCACUUCAUCGUCGUGGAGGAAGGCAAUUCCACCGUGAUCCCCUGUCGCCCCACCGACCCGCAGGCGCAGGUGACCCUGCACGCCAGCAAUGGCAAGGAGGUCUCUGCCAUCUACGACCGACGCGGAAGCUUCCUGGGUCACUUCGCCACGGGGUCCUACACAUGUGAGACGACCAUCCAUGGCAGGAAGUUCCAGACCCCCGAGUUUAGCGUCCACACCUUGCGAGUCUCCCAGGAGAUCGUCUUGGAGAUGGAGGCCCCGAAGACGGUAUACAAGAAAGGUGAAACCAUCGUGGUCACCUGUUCCGUCCUGGACAUCGAGCCGGUCGAUUUCCAGUGGAAAUACCCGGGGGAGGCGAGGGACAAGGGCGUCGUCACGAUGGACAAGAUUACGGUCCCAUCCGUCAAGCUGGUGUUCACCCUCACGGUCCCCAAUGCCACGGCCAAGGAUCGCGGCAGUUACGAGUGUGCCGUCAGCCACGUCACCAGGGAGGUGCAGCAGACUAAGGUGGUCACCAUCGCCGUCCUAGAGAAAGGCUUCGUCUGGCUCCAGCCUGUCUCCGACCCGGUGGAGGCCGUGAACCUGCACUCGGUCUGGCAUUUUGACGUGGACCUGGAGGCUUACCCCCCGUCCAGGGUGUCCUGGCUGAAGAACAAUGAGUCGCUCACCAAGAACACGACUGGGAUCUCCACUGGCCUGCAGAAGACCGAUGAGUACAGGUAUCAGAGCAGGCUGAAGCUGAUCCGUGCAAAGGAGGACGACAGAGGGCACUACACAAUUGUGGUGCAAAAUGAGGAUGAUAUUGCGAGCUACACUUUUGAGCUGCGGGUUCACGGUCGACUCCUUGGGUCUGGAGCAUUUGGACAGGUGGUUGAAGGCACUGCAAACGGACUGAGCAAGUCCCAGCCCAAGAUGAAGGUGGCUGUGAAAAUAUUAGGAUCCGCGUCUCGAUACAGCGAGAGGCAGGCCCUCUUGGUGGAGCUGGACAUCAUGAUGCAUCUGGGCCCCCAUCUGAACGUUGCCAACCUCCUGGGAGCCUGCACCCAAUCAGGACCCAUCUACAUCAUCAUGGAGUACUGCCUCUACGGCGAUCUGGGCGACUACCUGCGCAAGAACCGCAAUAGGUUCCUGGCUGUCAAGUCGGAGAAGACGGAGGAAGAGCUGGACACCUUGAGCCCCGACGACAAGAGCACCAUUAAUUACACCUGUCUCACAUCUGAAAAAAAACGGGACGACGCGGACGUGACGCAGGAGGUCGGCACGCAGAACGUGUCCAAGUUGGAGAGGAAAGAAUCGUCCGAGUAUGUGGACUUGCAUAAAUGCCUGUGCCCCGACAAGAAGUCCGUAUCGGGACCACUGGCAAAACCUGAAGUCCUGGACCUCCUGUCAGAUGACGGUUCGGAAGGCUUUGGCGUGCUGGAACUGCUGAGCUUUUCCUACCAGGUGUCCCGCGGGAUGGAGUUCUUGGCUUUGAGAAACACUCAUGUAGGCCCUUCGCCCACCAUGUACUCAGACGUCUCCUUGCAGCAUUUCAAUACUUCUACCCCCACCCUGGUGAGCUGGGCAGAGGGAAGAGUCCCGGGUCCAUGGGUCGUGGCCACAGCUGAGACGAGAAUGGAGCAGAGAGCAGAGCUCAUCGUCGCAGCUUCUAGCGAAAUCUGA